AUAUCAAUGAUUGUCUAAACAAUCAUGAGUCUUUAGGUGUGGUUUCCAAAGCAAUCAGCCCAUGCCAUCACUUAAUCAUGGCAAUGUUUAAGCAAUACAUUAUUGUAUCACCUGGCCAAGAUAUCCAGUGUAAAGAAGAAACCCUUUCUAAAGCAAUUGCAGAUCUGCCACCAAAAGGAGUACUUAUAAAGGUCCAUUCUUCUGGAGUGUGUCACACUGACCUUCAUCAAUGGCUGGAGGGAGGGUUCCGCCUCUCAGACUCAGAAUAUUUACUGUUUGCUAGUCGUGAAGGGAUGGGCUAUCCUAAAGUACCUGGUCAUGAGAUAUCUGGUACUGUAUAUAAGUUUGGUCCUGAUGUAAGGGAAGAUGAGAGCUCACUCAGUAAAGGUGAUAGUGUGAUUGUCUAUCCAUGGAUAGCUUGCGGGGAUUGCAGGUAUUGUGAGAGAGGGAACAAUGAUCAUUGCACUGGAGGUAAAUCACAAGAGAUUGGUAUGAACAUUAAUGGAGGGUAUUCUGAGUUUGUGAUAGUUCCUCAUUAUCGCUAUGCUGUCCCUUUACCCAGUGCUAUUAGUAUUGACAUGGGGUCUGUUCUUGGUUGCUCUAGUCUAACUGUCUAUAAUGCUGUGAAGACUGGGCUGGCUGAGCUACCAGAAGCUGGAGACUGGAGGAGUGAUGAUCAGUUCCAUGUUGCUGUGGUUGGAUUAGGUGGGUUAGGCUCGUGGGCUGUCUCAUUCAUUCCACUUCUUUUCAAGCCAGCAAUAAAACCCAAUGUAGCUAUAACUGGCAUUGAUAUCAAUGAAUCAAAAUUAAGCACCUUUGUAGAUGAAGGUCUUAUACAAAACUCAUUCCACCUCUCAACAUUGAAGCCUCCACAAGAACAAGCCAGUAUGUGUCGGGACAAAAUAUCUACGAAAGGCUAUCAAAUAAUUUUUGACUUUGUGAAUAACCCUCUAACGUUUGAUGUCUCCAUUCGCCUCCUUGGUAAUCAUGGGGUACUAGUGUCUGUUGGGCUGUUUGGUGGGACAGGAAAUGUCCAGCUACCUUUGUUGUCCCUUGGGAGAAAAAAGAUAAUCGGUAUUCAUACAGGAUCUUACAAUCUCUUCAAGGAAAUGCUUGAAUUUCUUGCCUCAAAUAUAGACAACAUUAAGACACCUACCCUCAGUGUUUAUCCACUAGCUGAUUGCAUGAAAGCAUUGAGAGACGUUAAAGAAGGCAAAAUAUCUGGCCGAGCAAUUUUAAAAGUAAACAAUGAGACAUAAAUUGAACACAUUAAUAGAUAUUUAUUAUCAUCAUUAAUUUUUGUAAAUUCCAAUAACACUGUGGUGCAUGCAA